AUGAAUAAAACAAAAUAAAAACUUGACUCUUUAUUUGAUCUCUCAAUUAUCGUUGAAAAAAUUAAAUUUUUAGAAGAAUAGCAAUCUGCUUUGCUUCAUUUGACAAAAAGACCUAAAUAUGAGUUACCAAAAUAAUCAAAUACAUAAUAAUUGAUACCUCAUCUUAUUGAUGAUUUUGAGAUUAAAAGAAAGUUUAAAGAAAUCUAAAAUGAUUCUUUUUUUUAAUGGAAACCUGCCAUUAUUCCAAAAAAUUAAAAUAAAUCUUUAUAGCGUCCUUAAUUACCUUAUAAAGUUAAUCCCUCACCUUAGCGUUUAGAGUGUUUAAUUAAAACGAAAGUCUAAUCUGAUACAAUUAAGGUCACACAUGAGAAAAGGAUACGUACCUAAAGUACAAAACAAAGAAGAUAAAUAAGGAAAAUAGUAUAGAAUGAUAAAUUUAUUAGGAAGCAAAUGAUAUUGAAGCCCAAUUUCUCGAAACAAGAAAUUUAAUAAAUAGAUUCAAUAGAAUCAAAAGAAAAGAAGUUAGAUUUAAUAUAUUAACUUGA